AUGCAGACUCAGGCUCCUGUAUUGAGGAAAGAUUCAGCUGCCAACAGCAUGAGUCCCAUCUUUCUGAUGUCCCUUCUCUUUGGCCUGACUUUUGGGCAGGCAAUGUCUUUUUGUGCACCCACUGAGUAUAUCAUCCACGUGGAGAAGAGAGAAUGUGCCUACUGCCUGGCCAUCAACACAACCAUCUGUGCUGGAUUCUGCAUGACACGGGACAGCAAUGGUAAGAAGCUGCUCCUCAAAAGCGCCCUGUCCCAGGAUGUGUGCACGUAUAAAGACAUGGUGUACAGAACAGUGGUACUCCCUGGCUGCCCACGACACAUCGUCCCCUAUUACUCUUACCCAGUGGCGACGAACUGCAAGUGUGGUAAAUGUAACACUGAUUACAGUGACUGCAUUCAUGAGACAGUCAGGACAGACUAUUGCACUAAACCACAAAAGUCCUAUAAUGUGUGA